AUGACUGUCGUGAAGGAACGUCCUCAGACUAUUAUUGCGCAAACACGAGAGGAAAUGGUUGAGAAUAUCAAGGAAUAUCUAUUAGAAACUCUUGCGCAUCUUAUAAAAUAUAAUGGACUCAUUUCAAUAGGCGUCUCUGGUGGUUCCAUGCCAAAAUUAAUUUGUGACGUUUUGAAGUGUAUUGAGAAUCUCGAAUGGAAAAGAAUUCGAUUAUUUAUGGUACGUAUUUGA